AUGGCUGAGAUAGGAGACUAUAUCUUCGCAAAUGCAAGCUUCAAUGUUGAUUUCGAGCGGAACUGGGAAGCUGCUAUCAGGACUCUUAAUGGAGACGCACCAGCCUUACAAGGGCUACGUCAAAAGACAAAGGCUUAUUCCAUUGUAAAAAGUUGGAUGGAUCCUGCACAAUUUUCAGAAAUUAAACUUGAUGUUCCACAAGAAGUAAGCGAUAGUAUGAACUUGAUACGCGAUACACCUUUGGCGCAACGAUUGAUUGAAUGGUACUUGGAUGCUGUAUGUGAUGAUUUUUCUAUGACAUUCAAAAACAAACUACAAGAAUGGCGUUAUAGAUUUAUGAAUUGGAAUCAAGAAGUCGAAGAAGAACCUUUAACAGAAUGGGUCUGCAAGUCCACCGAAACCAUGCUCUUGUACCAACUAAGAUAUCACACAAUGCUGUAUUCUUCGUUGCAAGACAAGUCACAACUUUAUUCGACUGUUCCGUCGUCUUUCAAAGAAAUGACAAAGAUCGUCUAUCGAACCAAUUAUAAGAAAUUUGAAAAACUCCGAAAACAAAAUCAUAAUCUCCUGGAAACAUUUCUCCCGGUGUCAAUCAAACAUAAUGGUCUCAAUGAGAACGAGCUAUUCACGUGGAAAUCCAACGAUGAUUUAAACUCGAUAUACCUAGCGCAAGAAAACCGCGUUGAAUCAAAAGACGAUAAUACGAUCAACAAUAUUAUUACAGAAGAUACAGACCCAAUAGCCAUCGAUAAACCAAUGCUAGAAGAAGGUGACACAGAGAGAGAAGAGGGUGAGGAGGACGAAGAAUUAUCGAAUGCCGACGCAGAAGAGGAGGAAUCAUCAGUUUCCGCAAGUGCACAACUUCGUGCCUUCUCCAAUUUAUGUAGUGAAUUAGAUUCACUUGAUUUGCUUUAUCGGACAAAGGAUAUCCUCGAAGAGAUGCUCUGUGAACAGAUAGAGCUACGGAUUGAAAAAACUUGUAAAAAGAAUUAUUAUAAGCCUCAAUUGCGUAGAUCUACUAGGUGGCUUUACUCUUCGUUGUAUCGCUGGCUGCAGAUUGUCAUGCCGCCCGAGUCAAUGGCAUUCAGUGAUACCUCGAGCGAAAAAAUGGCAAUGUGGUCUCAUCGUUUAAAUUAUCACUUUUGCAUGGUAUUCUGUGAUCUUAGAAUAAAAGAAUUGUUUGAAUUGAUUGUUGAUUUUCCAGAAUCUAAACCUGCAAUUGAUGACUUAUUAUUAUGUAUGAAAAAAUUGGAACAAGAUCACCGACAUCGUCUCGUGCAGUCGCUACAUACAUCAUUUAAAAAACGAUUGCUUAUUCCUGGAGCGACCACCACGGAUAUCUUAAAAACGUAUAUUUCAACAAUAAAAUGUCUUCGAAUACUGGAUCCGCCUGGAGUGCUCUUGGAAAAAGUCACAAGCUCGAUUCGCUCUUAUUUGAGGUCUCGAAAUGACACAGUGCGAUGUCUAGUCUCGUGUUGGAUGGACGACAAAAACCCAAAUAGCGAAUUGAUUGAAGAACUAGGCAGAGCAACGAUCCCCGUUUCCGAAGAUGAAGAAGAAAAUUCGGAAUUUGACAAUGAUAAUUGGAUGAAUUGGGUUCCCGAUCCGAUAGAUGCGGGUCCAAAUUACAAGUCCACAAUACAUCGAUCAGCCGAUAUUACAAAUAUCCUAAUAAAUAUAUUUGAUAACACGGAUGAGAUAAUUGAAGAGAUUCAAAAGCAAAUGGCUCCUCGUUUAUUAUCUAUUACCGACUACGACACGACCAAAGAGGUAGCAAAACUCGAGCUAUUCAAGCUUCGAUUCCAAGAAUCCAAGAUGGCUCAUACAGAAGUUAUGAUAAAAGAUAUUGCUGAUUCGAAGCGGAUGGAUAAUCUAGUGCAUACGUCUGGAUACCUUGCUCCGCGAAUGCUUAACGGAAAUGACGAUGAUGAUGGGAAUCAGAAGGAAGAAGCUCCACUUCAUGCUCAUAUUAUUUCCAAAUUGUUUUGGCCACCGCCAAAACAUGAAGAACUUUUACCUCCGGAGCCUAUUCAAGAUAUGAUUUAUAAAUUCGAGGGAACUUAUACAAUGCACAAGCAGCGAAGGAAAUUAGAGUGGUUUCCUAAUCUUGGAACCGUUGAUUUGGAAAUCGAAUUAGAAGAUAGGACACUAGAAUUCACGGUAUCACCAAUAUAUGCAACAAUAAUCUAUCAUUUCCAAUCGCAAGAGGUUUGGUGGCUUGAUGCACUCGCUGAUAAAAUGCACAUGGAUCCCGCAAAGUUGCGAAAGAAGAUGCCAUUUUGGGCUGAUCAUGGCGUGCUAAAAAUGAUCGAACCUGAUAAAUGGAAGUUAAUUGAGAAUUCAGGAUAA